CAUGUACUUAUUAAGAUUGUAUAUUAUUUAAGCAAGACACAACGAGCAGGCAUAGAUGUAAACAAAAUAAUUUCCGUGGUGCAGAAGGCCUAAAGACCCACCGGAGGGAAAAAAUUGCACGAGAGGUCCUUAGGAGGGAAUGCAAUUGCAGAGUGGCGACCCUGGUGACACUCUCCCGGCGCAUGGAGCUGGGAUGACUCCGUCUAUCACUCAUGGGGGUAACAGUCCAUUUUGGCUAAACCCCGUCGGUGUAGAGGGUGGUGGCACUAACUUUUUCCUCGGCAGGAAAUGCAUCGAGCAAUUUUACACCACACAAGGCUGCUCGGGGCAUACUCCGCAGCCGUCUGCACAUGCUACCAGCCCCAGCUUAGGGAACCCGAAUGCUUGGAAAAAUGAGGAUUUGUUUGAGAGGUGGCUCACACAGAAUGUUGUCGGUCGAAUGGCCAGCAAAGGAAAGCAUGGAAGUGUCCCGAAGGAAUGAGGCGGGCGAUUGCUAUCAGUGAAUAGACCUGUUUGAGUCUCGCUGUCCACUUGGAGCCGCCAAUCUGAAGGAAA